AUGACGAAGCCCAGAAAGGCAGAGGCCAAGUGGAAGCACAUAGGCAACAAAGACAAAAGGGUGAGCUACCAGAACAGACACAGAACUACCUGGAGUGAGGAACUGAGGGAGACCGAGGGCGCGCCACCGUCCCCGCCCAGGCUGGAGAGCUCGCAGCGCGGGAAUCUGCUGUUCCUGCUCUGCCGACCGGCCCGCCCCUCCGACGACCCCGCGGGCCACCGCCUGGUCCCAGUUUCCCGCCAGAACCGAGAGCAGGGCCGGCAGCGGCCGCGAGGGGGCGCCACGAGAAGGCCCGAACCGCUGGGGGUGCCCAUGGCGUCCCCGGGCGGCCCCCUCGGCGGCGGCGGCGGCCCCCUGGCUCUGUUGGUUCUGCUCCUGCUCCUUCAGCCCCGGCUCAGCGAGGCCCGGGCGGGCGCCGAGGGGUCGCGGGGCAGGUCGGUGCCGCGCUCCCGCUCCCCUCUCCCCUCGAGAGAGGGCCGCCAGGACCCUGGAGCCAGCCCGCAGAAUCCGCCACCUGUCGGGACUCAGCCAUCCUUCGACGUCCCUGGAUCCAGUGGGACGGCUUUUCGGGGGUGUGGCCAGCCUGAUGUGAAAAUAGUAGGAGGAGAGGAAUCCAGAGCAGGGGAGUGGCCCUGGCAGGUGAGCCUGAGAGUCCGUCGCAAGCACAUCUGUGGAGGCUCGCUCAUCUCAGAGCAGUGGGUGCUGACUGCCGCCCACUGUAUUUUAAGCCGUUACAGCUACAGCAUCAAGAUGGGAGAUCUGAGUAUCUUUGAUGAAGUCAACACCAGUGUGGUGAUCCCUGUCCAAAACAUCAUUGUCCACCCUGAGUUCACAAGAAUCGGAAGUGUUCAAAAUGACAUCGCCCUUCUCUAUCUCCUCUUUCCUGUGAAUUUCACCUCAACCAUCCAGCCCAUCUGCAUCCCUGAGGAGUCUUUCCAGGUGGCAGCUGGAACCAGGUGCUGGGUGACUGGAUGGGGCCGACAGGGAGAAGGCGCUCAGCGUCCUUAUUCAGAAACUCUCCAGAAGGUCGACCAAUACAUCAUCCGCUAUGAAAACUGUAAUAACAUAAUGAAGCAGACCAUGUCAACUUUUUCAGAUGUAGUGAGGAAAGGGAUGAUCUGUGGCUAUAAAGCUGGCGGAAAAGAUUCUUGUCAGGGAGAUUCUGGGGGACCCAUGGUCUGUGAAUAUAACCAAACCUGGAUGCAGGUGGGGAUCGUGAGCUGGGGCCUCGGCUGUGGUCGUCAUGGAACGCCUGGAAUCUACACGGAAGUUAGUGCCUACAGGAACUGGCUAGGCUCAGUGUUGAGCCGGUCUACCUCUUUGUAUCCAGUGGUAUCCCACAUCGUACUCCUGUUUCUGGUGCCACCCUUGGGCAUCCUGGUGACCCUGUGACCACACCUGCCCUUGCCUCUCCUGUUUUUGAG